CCAAAAUUCAUGCGGAUCUGAAAAUUUUAUCAAAUUCACCUCAUCAACCCUCUUUUAACAUUUCAGACGUCGCUCCAUUUCCGGCCCUACCAUUUUUUUCACUCACUUUAAGCAGAAAUGGCUCCGAUUGCUGUUGGUGAUGCCUUGCCGGAUGGUACACUGGCCUACUUCGAUGAGCAAGAUCAAUUGCAACAAGUGUCCGUACACUCUCUCGCUGCCGGUAAAAAAGUGAUCCUUUUCGGUGUUCCCGGUGCUUUCACCCCUACUUGCAGCUUGAAGCAUGUUCCUGGAUAUAUUGAAAAAGCAGAUGAGUUUAAAUCCAAGGGCGUUGACGAAAUCCUCUGCAUAAGUGUUAAUGACCCAUUUGUGAUGAAGGCAUGGGCGAAGACAUAUCCUGAGAACAAGGCCGUUAAGUUCCUUGCUGAUGGAUCAGCAAAGUACACCCACGCUUUGGGCCUUGAGCUUGACCUUAGCGAGAAAGGACUUGGAACUCGUUCCAGGAGGUUCGCACUCUUGGUUGAUGACUUGAAGGUGAAGGCUGCAAAUGUGGAAUCUGGUGGAGAAUUUACUGUCUCCAGUGCUGAUGAUAUCAUAAAGGCUCUUUAAAACUUGUAAUUCCUUCCCGUCUACAAGCUGUGAACUUGGUAGCUUUUUUUGAUAUGUAUAAAAUACUAUGCACCAGUAGCCUUUGAAGAUGUUGUGUGUGGGGGAAGAUCUUUUUCUUAGAACCUUUCGUCAUGGGUUUUGAAAUAAUGGAUAUGCUUCUUUCUACUUA